AUGGCUCGCACCCUUCAAGAAGAAUACUCACUAGCAUGGUUACACGUUGGCACAGUAUACCUUGCGCUUAUCCUCGGUAACCUCUUUUACAUAUUAUCCUGUCUCUCUUCAACCAUAAGCGCCUACCGCUCACGUGUGAACACCAUGUGCGAUACCUUCACAUCUCUCUCUUCACAACUUUACAACAAACCUCAAACGCUCGUCACAGCAUCGAUGAACGCUAUCCAGGCAGUGAAAGACGGAGUACAGAUGCUCCUACUCACUGCAAUCACUGUGGCCAAAGCCUGUGCAAUCUGGUUUGUUCAUAUGUACAAAUCGACCUAUCGUUGCUUACUGGGGUUAGCUAUUCAUAUCAUCCUGUCUGUCUUGAUCAAGGUCGCUGGUCCCUUGCAAAAGAUAUCACAGGACAUCACUUCACUCUUUACAGGCUCAAGCAGUCCCUUGGGUGACUGGACAGGCACGCUUCAAAGCAUCCAGGAUAACCUCGAUCGCUGGUCGAACGAUGGUGACGACUUGAUACAAAAUGUGAUUGAAAGUUCAUUCAACAUGAUUGAAUCACAGCUCAACCAGACUAUCGGUUCCUGGGAACCCGCGCCGUUUAAUCUUACCUCCUUUCAGGGCCCAGAAAUUUGUGACACUUCGGAACUACUGACUGCACUGGAUGACAUGGAGUACAAGCUUGGAUACUUUAUCAAAUGGAUCAUCGGACUCGUCUUUGUCUUUCUCGUCGUCUUUAUCUUUAUCCAUGCUUCUUUCAUCAGAUUUCAGUACAGACGAUUAGUCGAGUUGCGUUCUUCGUUAUGUACUGCUCUUCGCAAGGACGGUGAAAAACAAGCCGACGGAGAUGAAUUGCUGAGAUUAUACGAACAGGCUGCCUCUGUCAGGCUGCUUGUGGAGACACAAGCAAUUGAUUACAAACCAAGGUACCGAUUCAUUCAGUUCAUGAGCCAUCCUAUCGCUUUAUACUGCCUUGUCGUAGGCGUUCUGGGCGUAUUGCUUAUAAACAUUCUCAUACGGGCUUUAGAGAGCAAAUCGAGGCAGCUCAUGCAAGCCUUUUUUGAUCACUCUUCGUCUUGGAUCGCAAAUGCAAUGUCUACCUGGAUAACGACUGUCAAUGAUCAAGUGCAAAAUAUGGAUGGCUGGAUCGGCCAAGCAGAGAAAGAUAUCAAUGAGAAAACACUUGGGGUGAUAAAAAAUCUCGCUUUACAAGCAAACAGUGCUCUUACUUGCGCCGUCCAAGAUAUCCAACAAGUGAUCCAAAAAAUAUUUGGCGGUACUCUCUUGGAAGAACCUGCUCAAGGAUUGAUCAAAUGUUUGGUCAUCAAUCGUAUCGAUGCUAUCGAAACUGGACUUGCGUGGAUUGUAAGAGGCCUUAGUAAAAAAAAAAAAAAAAAAAAAAAACGUUGCUAA